GGCUUAUCAGGUCUUAAAACGAUCGUGUUUCGUCUGGCUUUGGGACAAUUGGCAUGGCCCAACGUGGAUAGCAUGGAUGUUGGACUCCACAACACCAUCCUAGCACUUGGACUCAUCAUGUAUCCGCAAGAGAGCUCCCCAAAUGCGCCUAGAUCAUACAUUAUUAAUCCUCCACAGAUCCCUUCUUCGUCACACUUAUCUCAUGCCAGUUGCAAGCGACACAACCCUCUCGCUUGUUUUGACUUUUGAGACAUGCAAAAACUAGUCCUUGUUAUCCUUUCAAAGACUCGUCCAUCUCUCGAUUCCUCCUUGGCCAUGCCCCAGAAACAUCGUGAUUGAAUACAGGCUUCACUGGCCAUCACUUUGCUGCGCGCAGCACUUCACUGUAUCCGACCCGAACCGACGAAACUUGACCCGCUUGCGCGCUAGGAAACCAUGGCGAAGAAUGAUAGUAUUCACGAGGAGGAGACAGCGAUCGUAGACGAAGCAACACAUUUGCUGCCCACCAGCUCCGAAUCUCGCGAUGCAGGUAGUGAAACAUCCUCUACAACUCCCGCUUGGGAUGCCUUCAAGGACUUUGAAGGCCUACCCUGGUGGCGGCAACCAUCGGUUUAUUGGCUGCUUGGUCCAUAUAUCAUAUUUACCCUUGCCUUUGGAGGUGUAAUGGUUCCUAAACUUGACCUGAUCCUUCAGCUCGUUUGCAGGCAGUAUUUCGCAGAUGAACACAGCCGUAAUCCAGAUGCAGUCUUCCAGCCUGUUCUUCUUGGGUCUGAAAAUCCCCAAUGCGAUAUUCCCGAAGUGCAAGCAAACGUGGCAAAAUUCAUGCUGGUCAUGAAUUUGUUCACUGGCAUUCUAAGUGCUAUAGUCGCGCCGAAAAUCGGCCAUUUAUCUGAUCGAUAUGGUCGUACACGGCUUAUGGCUCUAGCUUCUGUAGGUGGAAUCUUGGCCGAGUUCAUCACUAUCCUGGUCGCCCGAUAUCCGGACGUCGUUGACUAUCGCUGGCUGCUUCUAGGGAGUGUCUUCGAUGGUAUGACAGGAUCCUUCACUACGGGAAGUAUUAUGACACAGUCUUACACAAGUGACUGCACCCCUCCUUCAAGACGCGCCGUAUCUAUGGGUUAUGUGCAUGCGUGCUUGUUCACGGGACUUGCAUUUGGUCCUCUCCUUGCGGGCUUCUUCGUCAAGUGGACUGGUAGUUUGCUAUCUAUUUUCUAUGUUGUCAUGGGAUGUCACAUUGGUUUUAUGCUUUUUGUUUGGCUUGUUGUGCCCGAGUCAUUGUCUCAAAGGAAACAAUUGGCAGCGCGGGAGAAGUACGAAAAGGACAAGGAGCUGCAAUCGCCUGUCUCUUCAUCAUGGGUGAAUACCCUUCGAACUGCAAACCCCUUCGCUCCUCUCAAAGCUCUCUACCCUACUGGCCCGGGCACGUCGCCGGCUCUUCGUCGAAAUUUGAUUGCCCUUGCUAUCAACGACACCAUCAUCCUUGGAGCAAGCAUGUCCGCAGGUGCUGUCAUUGUUCUCUACUGCGGACGGACAUACCACUGGGACCUUUUAGAAAAGUCCGGCUUUGUGUCUCUUCUCUCACUUGUUCGCGUCGUGGUCCUUAUGGGAAUAUACCCUGUUAUCAACUACUUUGGCCGCAUCCGCCCAGCAGCUCGUCGUCGUCGUGAGUCGGGUGUGGCUGCCAUCGAAAAGAACAGUGGAGCAGACGAGCUCGACGUACUGAUCCUGAGAAUCGCUUUGAUUUCAGAUGUUAUUGGGUCUCUUGGAUAUGUAUUUGCCCGUUCAUCGCGAGUGUUUGUCGCCAGCGGCAUGAUGACCGCUGUCGGAGGUCUUGGGAGUGCAACUGGGCAAGCUAUGAUCACCAAACAUGUACCCUCUGAAAGAGUUGGCCAGUUACUCGGAGCAAUCGGCAUGAUGCAUGCUCUUGCGCGAGUGUUGGGACCAGUCUUGUUUAAUGGAGUGUAUGCCCUUACGGUUGGACGAUUCAACCAGGGUAUUUUUGUCCUGCUGGCAAGCGUAUUUGGAUUCGCUCUUGUGGUAAGCUUUGCUAUAAGGCCACACGUCGUGUGGGAAGAUGAGCCUGAAGAUGAGCGACAGCCUCUCAAUCAGACAGAGGAGGCUUUCGCAGUUCCAGACGGACAAGUUCCUCUAGAUGAGGAAGAUCAAGUCAGAUUCUAAGAAAUACCGGGCUCUUCAGUAGAAACGAUUUUCUUUUGUUGGUUUUAUGUUACAGUACAAAGGUGCACAGGUCACCGUGAUUGGUAACUCUUGUACAAUAGUAUCAGGCAACACUUUGGAAUAUUUGGCCGUAGAAUAUACACGAAGCAACUCACGAAUUGACCAUUAACUCCUCAACAAUGAUGUUAAACACUCGUCGGCUGAGAUAUGCUGGAGAUCUCCG